GUUUCGUUGCGCCCAGCCGGAGUCCUUUCUUCAUUCUUCAUUCAAACGGUUCUUGAACUCCUUCGGGCAAGGAAGUGUGCGGCUAGUUUGUGUUGUCCGGUUGCCUUCGUUGUUUAAAUAGCAAGUUGAUUUUGCAGUUAUUCGUUCAUUUAAUUGUUGUGCCUUUGCCAUUUUGGUGCUUUUAUUUUACUGAACAAGCUUCAAAAGCUACGAUUUUUGUGUUUUAGUGAUUUUUUUUUUAAAUUAACGUGAAUCUCAUUACGAUAAUGGAUACGGAAAACGCUGGAGCCCCCAACAGCCGUCUGGCAUCUUACAAACAUGGAGUCAAGAGCAAUGCGGAACUCCGUCAACGACGCCACGAGGUCACCGUUGAGCUGCGAAAGAACAAAAAAGAAGAUCAGCUCUUCAAGCGCCGCAAUAUCACCAGCGAGGAACCGACCGUUACCUCCCCGCUGCAGGAGAACAAUGCCCAGAGCCCGGUGGCCCUCAAGUUCGAAGAAAUACUGUCCUAUGUCAACAGCGGCAACCCGCAGAAGGAGUUCGUUGGCGUUCAAACGGCGAGGAAAAUGUUGAGUCGGGAGAAGAACCCUCCGAUUGAUAAGAUGAUCGGGCUGGGGUUGGUGCCGAUUUGCGUAAAAUUCCUGGAAAGUUUCGAUCGGGUGGAUCUUCAGUUUGAGGCUGCUUGGGCGCUGACAAAUAUCGCCUCUGGAACAACAGAGCAGACUAAAGCGGUGAUCGAUGCUGGUGCCGUCCCGAAGUUUAUUGCUCUACUUAGCUCUCCUUCGAAUAAUGUGGCCGAGCAGGCUGUUUGGGCUCUGGGUAACAUUGCCGGAGAUGGCUCUAAGGCCCGGGAUAUCGUGCUAAAUUUCAACAGUGUGGAAUCGAUCAUCUAUCUGGUCCAGAACGCUAAUACACAAUUAUCGUUCCUGCGGAACAUCGUUUGGCUGAUGUCCAAUUUGUGUCGGAACAAGAAUCCACCACCACCGUUCAAUAGAAUUGAGCCGAUGAUUCCGAUUUUAUCCAAGCUGUUGGACCAUGAAGAUUCCCAAGUGCUAGCCGACGCUUGCUGGGCGUUGUCCUACGUGACGGAUGAUGAUUCGGUAAAGAUUGAGUCCGUAGUGGCAUCCGAAGCUGUCCCCCGGUUAGUACGGCUGUUGGGAUGCGAUAAUCCAGCCAUCAUCACUCCGGCAUUGCGAAGCGUUGGCAACAUCGUCACCGGAAGUGACACUCAAACGGACGCCGUACUUGCAGCUGGGGCUCUGCCGCUUUUAGGAAAAUUGCUGCGCAACAGCAAAAACAGUAUUGUCAAAGAGGCCGCCUGGACCAUAUCCAACAUCACGGCCGGAAAUCAGCAGCAGAUAGCGCAAGUCUUCGAAUCGGGCAUCUUCCAUCUGCUGAUCGAGGUGCUCGCCAAGGGUGAUUUCAAGUCCCAAAAAGAGGCCGCUUGGGCGAUCACCAACACCACUACCGGAGGAUCUACGGAACAAAUUAUCCAUCUGGUGGAAAAGUAUCCCGUCAUGAAGCCCUAUUGUGAUUUGCUGGAGGCCAAGGACAGUCGAACGGUGCGGGUAGUCUUGAGUGGCAUUGCUAACAUUUUCCAAUUUGCGGAGAAAAUCGGUGGAACAGAGAAUCUGUGCACUUUGUUCGAGGAAAUCGGUGCCCUGGACAAACUGGAAGCGCUGCAGAACCACGAGAAUGAGGAAGUAUACAAGAAGGCUUUCCAGCUGAUCGAAGCGUACUUUACCGAUGCGGACGAUGUCAACCCGGAGUGUGCACCCAAGGAGAAAGAUGGAGCGCUCGAGUUUAAUCCCGGCUGCGAGCAACAGAAUGGGGAAAAGUUUUCGUUUUAGAAAUUCCAUUCCCCGUUUGUUUCGCAUGCCCCACCACCGCCCAGCCACCCCAUCAUCGUUAAGCAAAAUAGUGAGAUUAAGACUGGAAAUUUAUACUCUCCUGUUGUCUUUCUGUACACUUUUGUUCGUCCGUUCCUCUUUUAUUCUAUUCACCCUGUAUCAAUCGAUUGUAAGUAUCCCGCGUCGCAAGUUCUCCUCAAACAUCCCAUUGCCAUUCUCUGAUCAAUGCUUUCCAAAGCGUAGCACUUGCUGUAUACGUUCUUAUGUGGUAAUUAAAAAAUAAGAUUAAUUUAGUUAAAAUUCAAA